UCGCGUGUCAGAAAACAUUGAUGAGCUACGAAAUGGUUUCCAGAUGGCAUGCCUCGAUUAAAUUAGCAAAAGCCUAAGGGAAAAACUCUUCCCCUUCCCCCAUAGGAAAAUAAAAUCAUAUUUUCGAUGCUAAUGGAACAAUUGUCGACAAAAGAUAGCAAUAUUUAAGAAUAUUUCACUCACUCCAGUGUUUUUAGAUUUAAUUUCUUAGGUUUUUAGGUUUGCAAAGUCUUGAAGUUCAAUCUCUUUGUAAGCCGAUAAAGCCCGUCGUGUACCUCCAUGGGCACUCAUUAGGUCUAUUUUUAUCUCGUAAUAUUGAAGCUUUCCCUUGAUUGGACCGUUUUUCUCAAUAAAGCUCUUAAAAUCAGCACAAUAUGUUGAACUCCGUCAAACUUGUAUCGAGGCGGUAUGAAAAAGUGUCUCCAACACUUGAAAAGCAAAAUCGGCCUGUAGCUAAAGUAGCUAAUGCAAUCUAUUCUACCCACCGAAGAGUUUCAAAGACUGUCCUUAAUUCCUUGCUCAAUUCACCUGGUCUUUGAACUAGUCGAAAACAAUCAAGUAUCCAGUAAAUCACAAUGUCAAACAAUACGCUAAACUUCACGACUCCAAGCAGCAGUAUUCAGCCUGGAACCAGCUGUGAAGCCAGGAUGAAUCAAGCAGCACGAAUCGGGCUGACUGUUGCGCAUGUCUUGGUCCUGCUAGCCGCUGUCACAGGCAACUCCUUCGUCAUUCACUUGAUCCGUACCAAGAAUAAAAUGAAAGUUUCCUUCAACUUCCUUGUCGUCAACAUGGCAAUAGCCGACAUGAUAGACGCCAUUUUCUCCGUCCCUAACAACAUUGCCUAUCUUUACGUAGAAGUUCGUUGGUUUCCUGGAUUUUUUGGCUUAUUUCUUUGCAAAGUGUCAAACUUCAUAAUCCUCGUCUGUAUAUUGGUAUCAACUACGACUAUGACUGUCAUUGCAAUUGAGCGUUACCUAGCAACCACCAAGGUUCUCAAGCGACCGCUGUCUCUUCCAGCUGUCAAGCUAGUGAUUGCAGUCAUAUGGAUAUUGGCGGGGUUAAUGUCGGUUACUGAACUGAUCAGGAUGGACCUGGUUUACUUGUAUGGCCAGUACUUUUGCUCCAUUCACAGCGACUGGCGAAAGUACCUUAUUAUUGAGAUGGUUAUAAAGUUCGCCAUCACUUACGCGUUUCCGGUUUGGACCAUGACCAUUCUCUACUCCAUCAUCGUCUGUCUACUGUGGAAAAAGGCUCCCGUUGGGGAAGAAAUAGACGAGUAUAACCGUCGACUUCACAAACAGAAAAAAGGCAUCAUAAAGAAACUCGUUACCAUAGUAAUCAUCUUUGCACUUGGUUGGCUUCCUGUUCAUAUCAUGCAUUUUAUAGGCGCSUUCAAUACUGACAUUUACAUGUGUGUGCCUGAGUUUAUCAAACUUAUAUUCUUCUGGUUAGCGCAUGCCAAUAGUGCUAUCAACCCUUUUUUGUACUUGAUGCUGACCAAGAACUCGCGAGCUCUCUUCAAAGCUCACAUCUCUGGGAUUAUACGAGGAGAAGGCAGCUCCGGUCGAGGGAGUAACAGAAGAGAUAAACAGAGGGCUCACAGUUUAUUGAUGUGGAAAAGAAGUUCAAAGAAAACUACUAAGACGGUUGUUAUAUAGAAACUUCUGACUAAUUCAAAUAUUUAUUCAAUCAUUUAACUGUAUAUAUAUCAGCACUGUGACGUAUGCAUGUGGGACCUUGAGUGAUUUCGUAUAUACARUAUUUUAAAGCAUAGAAUCAAGGGGGAAAAUAAGAUGAGAAAAUAAGAAAACUGGACGUAUAACACAGGUAUUCGGACUCAAGGUGAAGGUAGAGAGAGCGUGACGGGUAGAAGGAUAUUGUUAAGACUUUGUAGUAAGAAUUGUAGUGACUAGAGUGUAAAGAAGUAUGUGGUAAGAGAGUAACAGAAGACUAUAUAUGUAAUACAAACAAAAAUAAAAAGAUAUUAAUGAUGAUAGUAGUGUAAAUAAAGAUUUAAAAAAGUUGAGAACCCAACCAAAGAAA